AUGAGCGAAACAGAAGGUCCACAACACAAUAGGCAAGCCAAUUUGAAUUAUUCUGGAAGUGAUUGGAUGUGUAAAGGUCACUUUAUGUUAAUAUUAUUUUGUAAAACAUGUAAAGUUUCCAGCACUGUCAUUUUUUGAAACAGUAACUUAUCUUAUCAAUUCUAUGUUUGUUCAGACAUAUAGUGAAGGGGUUUUUAUCUCAAGGUGAAGAGAAGUGGGUAAAUUGAUAGGAAAAUUGGUUUGAACGUACUUUUAAGACAUUGCAAACGUAUCUUUAUGCAUUUUACUUCGAUAAUAAUAUAGUAAUAACGAUUACUAAUAUCAGGUAUUAAAUUUAUGAAAUGAGGAUUCAUCUCUUACCUACAAUAAUAUCUUUAUUUUCAGGAUAAAGAUGCAUACAAAUCCAAUAGUUUACGUGUUGGUAGCACUAUUCGGAUCAGCAUCAUGGUUGUCAACGAAUGCUGUGUGGAUGGAACUGCCAUUACUGACACAUUCUUUGCCAGAACAUUGGGCUUUACCUUCUUAUCUUGCCUUGAUUGUUCAAGUGAGUUUUUAAUAUUUUUGUUGGUUUUUAGGUAACAUAUUGUUUUGAAAUGGGUUGCUGCAGGUCUUUGCCGAUUUUUCAAACAAUUUUUCACAAUAUAUAUUUUGACAGGCGAGAGUUAUAUUGUUACAGGCAUAAGAUAAGCCUAUGUUAACAUGGGUUGAGCGUAAAAGAGGUUUUUACAUGUCGUUGGGCACAACGUUUUUUUCUAACAUACUGAAUACAUAUCGUCGGGCACAACGUUUUUUCUAAUAUACUGACUGCAGAAAUUAUUGACCACCCCCACUAACGUGGCAAUGAUUAAACCGAUUUGGACCAAAUUUUGUAUAUAAUUUAUUAACAACCUUGUAACAACAAAAACAUAACCAGAACUAGCUUGAUUAUAAAAAAACUAUUUAAAUAACACUUCCUAAAAAUUGGCCAACAAAGAGGGAAUAAAUUACUGACCACCUCUUAAAAUAUUGUAGGUAAUGCCAUUUUCCUUUAAAAGGUUGUUGAUUGUGCGAAGACUGGAAUCCAGGUCUAAGUUCUCUUUGAUGAUUCUUGCGGUCACCUUGUGUCCAGCACGAACUUCCUUCUCCACAAAACGUUUUAUUCGACGAACAGCGGCAGGACUAUUGUUUGCCGGACGACCAACUUUCUUGUUAGGAACCUUCCUGAUGAUUCUCUUCACAGUAUUCCUGCUGCGGCCGGUCCUUCUGCUAACUUCCUUGAUGUUUCGCGUCUUUUCGAAAAUUUGAACGAUCUCGUCUCUUUCCUCUUGAGUCAACAUUCUGAAACCACGUUUAAAACAUAGAAUAAUAACAUCUUACCUUAUUCUUGUAAAAAUUCUUCGAAAUUCUAGCAACUCCGUGCUAUUUUCCAGGGUUGUCCAUAAUUUAUUCUCACUUUUUUACCCCGAAAAUUAUUUUUUUUGUAAAACGAAAUGUAACAAACCAAUUGACAUUUCGUCUUACCAGAACAUAUUGCAGUAAACUAGGAAGAUGUAAGUCAAAUAAGGUCCAGAUCGGUUUACCCGUUGUCACGUUAGAGGGAUUUUUUUGAUCCCUUUUUUCCCCCUCCCCCCCUUCCUCCACACCGCUCGGCCCUGGGGAUGGUCAAUAAUUUCUGCGGGCAGUAGAGUUUGUAAAAUGUCUUAAGCAACUUUACUUAACAGAAUUUGAUAGAAAUUAUACGUUUUCCUACUACAUAUAAUCAGUACAUUAUAUUGUAGUAUGCAAAAAUUGAUUGUGUUGGCACAAAACUAACUGUAAAGCCUUGAAACCUUACCAAACUUCAUUUCAGAUAGCAUGUAUAGGACCAUUAGUAUACAGUAUACUAACAAAAUGUUGUGGGAUAACUCUAUCAGCACCUGGAUUGAUAUUUGCUUUGUUAUUGUUAUGUACAAUAUCAGAGUUUGGUCUAGCCUUCCUAUGGUCGGUUACAAUGCACAUAUUUGGAUCAUAUCACUCUGUAGCAUUAUAUCUGUUUAUGUUUAUAUUAGCAUUGGUUAAUUCUACAUCAAAUGUGUUGUUCAUGCCUUACAUGGCAACGUUUCACCCAUCUUAUCUUACUGCUUACUUUGUUGGCAUGGGCUUCUCGUCUUUGUAUCCUAGUGUGGUUAGCUUGUUGCAAGGUAGGUUGUUGUUAAUGAAGGAUGGAUUGUAUAGUUUUUGAGGCUGUGUUUGAGGUUUAAUUAAGUUUUGUCACAUUUCAGGCUCAUACACAUAUGAAUGUAGAUACGAUCCCAUUCAAAACGCCACUUCACCUAUAUUUUUAUCGCCCAGGUUUUCGUUUGAAGUGUAUACGGUGGCUAUGGGAUGUUGGUUGGCUAUGACAUUGGUAUCUUUCUCGUUACUACACUUUUUUCACGAUUAUUUUGCAAAUUUGGGCCGAGAGCCGGCUGACAAUCUGGAGGUAGAACCAAAGGAGGACAGUCCGUUAAAGGUACGGGAAAAGUGAUAAGAUUUGGGGAAGUUGGGUUUGGAUAGCUUAUUUAUCUUUAUAUUUGAAGUUUUUAUAAAAUUUUUUUUUAAUUUUUAAAAAUUCAAAUUUUUUAAUUUUUUUUAAAUUCCAGGGCACCCAACCGACCGAAACCCAAUCAGACACAACCGACCGGUCAAGUCAAAAACGCUACAUUAUCCUCUCUUUCUGUCUAGCCUUCAUUUGUGCCCAGAUGAACGCAGUAGUACCAUCAGUACAAAGCUACGCGACCAUGUCCUACUCAUUGAUAACAUAUCAUCUGGCUUUAGCUUUGUCAUCAUUGGCACAUCCAAUCGCAUCGUUCUUGCCGUUGUGGGUUCAACCAAAGAAGCUGAACCAACUGGUCGGGUUGACAAUUGCAGCGACCAUUGGAUGCACGAUCAUCUUCAUCAUGGCUACACAGUCGCCAGAUCCGAUUGGGAGGAGUACGAUCUAUGGGAAUGGGUUUGCGGUGAGGAUUUUGAAAAUUUGUUUGGAAAUGUGGAUUUAAAAAUGAUUUUUUUGAAAUUUUAAAUGGUUUUCUAAUGUCAAAAAAUUCUUGUUGUUUUUUACUGUGGAAAGCAAUGUUAAAAAACGAUAAGACUUUUUAAGAUCCUUUAAAUCUCACUGAAAACUCAACUUUUCUAAUCUCAAUGUUGCAGAUAGUAAUAUCGAUUGUAACAGCGUUCCUACACGCCUACGCUCGCACCGUUCUCACAUCGACCAUCAGAGAGGACACUCCUCAAAACGAAAAUCGACUGUUUUGGUGUGGCGCCUUCAUGCAAAUUGGCUCAUUCUUAGGAGCUUUAAUUAUGUUUCCAUUAGUCAACUUCUCAGGAAUUUUCACACAAGCUUAUCUAUGCUAA